AAGGGAUUGGACGACGACGACCCCCACUACAUUGUUGGAGGCCCUUCAACCCGUCACGCAACCUGUGGGUUUAUCUCCAAGGCGCGGCGCCCAGCCGGGUUUAAGCGCCGUUGGACUUGCACAAGCCUCACCGCGCGGCCGCUCAUACUCUCUUGGCUUCUUGUCAUCCAAACACAACAAAGAAGGUGUAACUUUCCCCGCCUACCCCUCCGCUUGGACACAACUCGUCCCGGGCCAAACUCCACAUCGGCCCCUCUCGCCCAUGCCAACGCACCUCGAUACAUGCGCUGGCCGCAGCAGAGCUGGGUGGAGUUCUUACCACACCCACCUGAUUCGUCCCGUCUCGGUUAUGCGGCACAAUAUCAGUCUUGCGAUGUGGAAUGACAGGGCCACUGGGAGCCGGAACUCUGUUGGAAUCGACACCUUAAAUAGUCUCAGCUAUCCCCCAAACACGAGCCCUCGCUCGCUCUCCGACAUCUGCCCUCCUAACCGAAAGCUCUUUCUUCGCAUUGCACUCUCCAUUUUCAACACCCUGAACAUGUCUUUCCACCUUUCAGCUGAGGAUACCCGUGUCGACGAUGGCCACAUGCUUCGGGCCCGUCUCCGAAACGAAGAGGGUGAAAUGGUCGAUGCCGAGCUCGACCUCAACGAUUGUGUCGGAAACAAUGACGGUUCCUUCGAGUGGGGUGGAGUGAACUUUGCCGAGAGCUCCGAUGGCAUUAGUUUCGAACUCGAGGGUGACGACGCGGUCCCUAUCCUCCGAGCUACUCUGGCCAAUAUGGAGGGCGAAAGCAUAGAUGCGGAUCUCAACCUUGGCGAGCGCAUCCAUAACGUGGAUGGUCACUUCGAGUUCCAAUAGGCUUAAUCUCGACCAAGGCAUACACAAAGCCGGGUCAGGCAACACAGCAGACAGUCAGCCAAUGCAAUACUAUAGCGACCAAGAACUGUAACCAAAAUAUAACGAUCCUAUGUA